AUAGACAGUUGUCAUUUUCUUCUAUAUUCUUCUUCUCUCCUCUUCGUUGACCCGAUGGUGUUCAGAUCGCAGCUAGAGCUCUUUCCUGCCCAUCUCCUCCUGUCCCGCAUGCUGUUACUGGAGGAGCCCCCCGCAUGCGCAUCUGCCUCUGCUCUCCCUGGGCUCCGCUUCUCUGCAGCGCAGGUGGCCGGUGUGUGUGAGACUCUGGAGGAGACCGGGGAUGUCGAGCGGCUCGCGCGGUUCCUGUGGUCCCUGCCGGUGGCCCCAGGUGGCGCGUGCUUCAUCGCCGAGCAUGAGUCCGUCCGGAGGGCGCGUGCCGUGGUCGCCUUUCACACCGGGAACUACCGCGAACUCUACUGCAUCCUGGAGAACCACAGCUUUACGCGCCGCGCCUCGCACGUUAAACUACAGGCCAUGUGGCUCGAGGCACACUACCGGGAGGCUGAGAGGCUGCGCGGGCGGUCGCUGGGCCCGGUGGACAAGUACCGUAUCAGGAAGAAAUUCCCUUUACCAAGAACCAUCUGGGACGGUGAGACGAAGACACACUGCUUCAAGGAGCGGACGCGGGGCCUGCUGAGGGAACGAUACCUCCAGGACCCCUACCCAGACCCCGCGAGGAAACGGGAGCUGGCGCGCGCCACCGGGCUCACUCCAACACAGGUCGGGAACUGGUUCAAGAACCGGAGACAGAGAGACCGCGCGGCCGCCAACAAGAACAGGCUUGCGCACCACGGUAUGCGACCAGGUGCCAUGCUCGCUCUGGCCAGGAAAGAAUGCAGCCCCACCAGAAGUGCAUGCAGCCCGGAGAUGAUCCUCUCGGUAAUGGACAGCGACUCAGACUUUGACAUCUGAAACUCAGCCCACUGAUAACGGGUUGCAUGCUACUAAGGGGCCGGGAAAUCACGGAGAAUUCCGGAUAUUUUUUUAGAUUGUAUUACCAUUUUUGGCCAACAAGCUAGGUUAUAUUUCACCUGGCCACGUUUGCAUCAGGAUGCACUGAAGCCACAUCUCCAACAGCACGCAAUGGACAUAUUUCUUUCUUUAUUUUUGUUAUGUUAUAAGAGUUUGCUGUUUGAAACAGGCCUACAUGAUAUUUACAAUGUGCAGAACAUCCAUCUCUUUAUUUCGCUUUCUCUGUCUCUUCUGAUGCUUUUCUAACAGUCAUGGUGUCUAGUGCACCUUCCCUGUAUGUCUGUCUGUCUGUCUGUCUCUCUGAAAAUAAAUUAUUCACCUGAUGUCAGGAAAAUUGACUGAAGGUCCUUUGAAGCGCUGUAAAGGCCUAUUUGUUCGUUUAUAAUUUACAAAUACGUACUUUAUAAAAAAUAAAUUAAGUUGAUAUAAUUGUUAAUUUA